CGCAAUUUCAUUCAGUUCCCGUCGUACGACCAUUACAAUGCCGCGCCCAGCAAUUGACCACGACGGCCUGCAGGCCGAAAUCCAAGAGGCGCUCGACAGUGGCCGAACAAUAGCUCAGAUUCAUGAAGAUCUUGUCGUACGAGGAUUUCCUAUAACGAAGAGAACACUGGAGCGCCGGCUGCGGGAAUGGGGCCUGCAGCGACAAGUCCGCGUUGAGGUCACUGAUGAAUUGCUUGACCUUGUGCGCCUCUACUUCUUCGUACGAGGCUAUUCCGACCAGCUUAUCGUACGGCAGCUCCAGCAGGACGGGAUCACCCUUUCUGAGCGAAGCUUACGGCGCCUUCGGGCAGAGUAUGGGAUGAAAAGGCGUUAUCGUACGACUGAGGAAAGUGAAGAAGCGCUUGAACUAGCAAAAGCCUUCCUUCAGGCGCAUGUGCAACAGAGUGCAGCAAUCCUUGGUUUCGGACGAGGAUAUCUCUAUCAGUUCGUACGGAUACAGGCCCAAAUUCGCGUCGCAAAGAACCAGCUGUACGACUAUUAUCGAGAGCAAUGGCCAGAAAGUGUUACUAAGCGGCGAGCCGGGAACUGGCAUCAUCGUACGAACUUCAGAGUACCUGGUCCAAACUUUAUGUGGUGUCUAGAUGGAUAUGAGAAGCUCCGAGCCUUUGGGUUUGAGGUCUUUGGCUGUAUUGACGCAUACUCGCGGCUGAUUAUCUGGAUCUAUAUUGGGAGGUCAGCAACUACUGCUCUGUCAACCCUAAAGCAGUUCCUUCGUACGGUUGAAUAUAAAAGGAUUCGCCCACUAUUCACAAGGUCAGACCAUGGUGGUGAGACACCUCUCUGGGUCGCCGCGCAAGCAGGCCUCGCAGGGGCAGCAGGUACAGUUAUCUCGUACGACGGACCAGAUGGAGAGAGUCGUACGCAUAGUCAAGGAGAUCGCAUCUCCUCUUGCCAUAUAUGGGGCCCAAGUAAGCGGAACGUACGAAUAGAGCGAUGGUGGCGAAGCCUCCGUGAGGGAGUUAGUGAUCGGUGGAUUGCCUUCUCACGUGAGCUUAUCGAGAACGGUCUCUUCGUACAGUCAGAUAUUGGUGACCAGAUUGCAGUCUAUAUUCUAUAUGGGCCCAUAAUCCGGGAGGAAUUUGCUGAGUUUACAGAACUCUGGAAUGGUCACGUCGUACGAAAGCAAAAGAACCGUCCGCAUGUCAACCCUGGGGUUCCGUGGGAGCUCUAUUUAUCUGCACAGAGUCGGGAUUACGGGGUAAAGGUCCGGGAUAACUCACCAGAGCUUAGUAUCCUUCGUACGAUGUACGAGCCGCUCCAGAAUAUCGAGAUUGAUGAGUUUCUCUCCGCAGAGACAGUUACCUGGGGGAAUCGUCAGCUCCAAGAGCUCCAGUUUACAGGAGUCUUUCGUACGGCAGAUGAUCUCGUACGACCAUAUCUCUGGACCUAUCUCCAACUCCGACAGCGCGUACGACAGCAUAUUGACUCAGGUCAAUUACCUCAGCUCCAGGUUAUCGAGCCACCACGGGGAGGGUGUGAAGAAUAUCUACAAAUCCUCCAGCGAAAUGCAGACUUCCUCCCGUUCCAGCAGGCCGAUUUAUCUGGGCAGGCAUUAUCUCCAGAUAUUGGUGAGGUCUUCAAUUCUGCUUUGUACGACGAGGAAGAUGAGAUUCCCGUCGUGUCUCACGGUUCCUCGUACGACUAGCUGGGCCAAUCUCAGGCCGAGGAGGAGGAGGAGGAGGAGGAGGAGGAGGAGGAGGAGGAGGAGGAGGAGGA